AUGGCAUCAAAAUUAUCACAAUGGAUGCAACAAGCAAUAGAUGGUCAUCAUGUAGAGUUCAUUCCAUACGAUUCAUUCACUGAUCGUAAAGAGAUAGCUCGAGGUGCAUAUGGUGAAGUUGCAAAAGCAUACUGGUCAACAGCUGAGAAAACAAUUGCGUUAAAAUCUUUAUUUGACAAUCCUGAAUCCGAAAAUGAUAAGGAUUUUGAUGCUUUCAUUAAAGAGUUUAAGUUGAUUCGAUCUGUACAUUAUCACGAUAAUGUUAUUCGAGUUUUUGGAAUUAGUCAAGUGAAAAAUGGUGAAAGAGAGAAACCUGUGGAUGGAACACCAGAUGAUUUUCGAAAGCUAUAUGAGUGCGCAUGGAGUCAAAACCCGCAGGAUAGACCAGAUAUUAAUACGGUUAGGGCGAGAUUGGAGAAGAUGUUGGGUGAUGGUAGGCAGAAUGAUAAUUCGGUUGGAUCUAUUACAAAUAGCAUGAAAAACACAUUGAGCCUUACGGUAUCACCUUCCUUUAAUCAACAAAAUAAUAAUGCCAAUAAACGGCUUUCUCAUAAUCAAAUGCCGCAACCUUAUCAGCCAGGAGGAUUUAAUCCAAAUUUAGGGUUUAAUGAUGGAAAUCUCAUUCGAUCUAAUUCUGAUCCCAAUCUUUUGCAAAAUUAUGCACCACAGCAAAUUUAUCAAUCAAUGAUGCCAUAUGCUAAUAAUAACAACAAUCACGUUAUACGAAGACCAUUGCCUCCUCAGCCUCCUCAAUAUGCUAGGAAUGACGCUAACAUGAACCAAGGAAUGAUACCGGUUCAACAACAAUUCACUAAUAAUGUCGCUAAUGCAAACUAUCCUUCUGGAAUGAAUAAUCACUUUCAACAACAAAUUUAUCCUACUGUGAAUGCUGGUCAAUCACAAACUUAUCAUAACAUUAAUCAAAAUUUAGUAUCAACCAAUUUUACUAAUAAUCAACAAUUCGCACCAGUUACAUAUACGCCAACUCCUAUGGUAAAUAUGUCCACAAUGAAUGCACCGACUCAAGCUUACCAACAAUCGGUUCCUAAUACUGCGUAUCCUAAUAAAAAUACUACGAGUAAUCUUAAUCAACAAGUUUUGGGAAAUAAUUUUAACCAACAAUAUCCUGGAAGUAAUGUUAAUCAACAAGCUUUAGGAGCUAGCUUUAACCAACAAGUUCCAGGAAGUAAUCAACAAGUUCUAGGAAAUAAUCAACAAGUUCCAGGAAGUAGUCAACAAGUUCCAGUAAACAAUUAUAAUCAACAAGUCCUAGGAAGCAAUUUUAAUCAACAAAUUCCGGCUAAUCAACAAGUUAUGGGGAAUAAUGCUAACCAAGUUCCAAGAAACCAACAAGCGUCGAUAAAUUAUCAUAUAGAUAAUAGACAGUAUCAACAAGGCGUACAACAAUCUGGUUUGCCAAAUAAAAUGCCAAGUGGAUGCAAUCAAAUCCUAGAAAAAUAUUCCAUCCAAUUCAACCUCAAAAAGCCUACUGAAUGUCUCGCAGGCUAUCACGCUGGAUUUGGUGACAUUAAAGUUGCUAGGCAUUGUGAUAAUAUUGUAAUGGUUGAAGAGAUUUUUAAAUUAUUGGGUUAUCAUAAUGGUCAAUUGAAUAAUUCUAGUAAACUGCCCAAUUUUUCGUGGGUUUCAGUAAAAUGCAAUAGGACAGCUUUGCAUUGUUUAUCCGGAAAUAAAGAUUUAAUAAGUGAUAUAGAUAUUUCUAAAGAUAAUAAGAAAACAGAUGAUAAAAAGAAAUUAAAUGAAUUUCAUGAUCAUUUUGCAAAAGUGAUAGAAUUCCUAGUGAAGAAUGGAU